GUCAACAUGCGCGAAAUUGUUCACAUUCAAAUCGGACAAUGCGGAAACGGAAUCGGCAGCCGGUUUUGGGAAGUGAUUUGCGACGAGCAUGGAAUCGAUCCGAGCGGCAAAUAUACCGGGGAGUCCGACCUUCAACUUCAACGCAUCAAUGUCUAUUUCACGGAGGCUCAAGGAGGGCGGUUCGUGCCGAGAGCGAUUCUCGUUGAUCUCGAUCCAGCGAGCCUCACCAGCGCGACUUCGGCUCACAUAGGCAAUAUUUUCAAACCGGAUAACGUCGUCGCCGGUAAAGCAGGAGCCGCUAACAAUUGGGCUAAGGGUCACUACACGGAGGGUGCCGAGCUUACCGAUCAGACGUUGGAGACGAUUCGGCUCGAGGCUGAGUCCUGUGAUCUCGUUCAGGGCUUCCAAAUCGUGCAUUCAUUGGGCGGCGGUACGGGGGCAGGCAUGGGAUUACUACUGACGAAAAACAUCCGCGAGGAAUAUCCCGACCGCAUAGUGGCGACGUACUCGGUGAUACCGUCGCCGAAAAUCUCGGAGACCGUAGUCGAGCCGUACAACGCAACGCUGUCGAUUCACGGCCUGAUCGAGGCUACGGACGAGACGUUCUGCAUCGACAACGAAGCGCUGCACGCCAUAUGUACGAGGACCCUGAAGAUCACGAAGCCAUCGAACGGGGACAUGAAUCAUUUGGUAGCCAAUUGCAUGGCGGGGAUCACCACGUGCUUACGUUUUCCGGGACAAUUGAACGCGGACAUGCGCAAACUGCGAGUCAACAUGGUCCCGUUUCCCAGACUCCAUUUCUUCGUCCCUGGCUACGUACCCUUGACCUCGAGGAGCGCAGCUCCUUACAGGGCGGUCACGGUUCCCGAACUGACGCAACAAAUGUUCGACAACAAAUCCAUGUUCGCUUUCUGCGAUCCGAAAAAGGGUCGGUUUCUUGCUGUUGCUGCUAUUUUUCGCGGCAGGAUGUCAACGAAGCAAGUGGACGAGCAAAUGUGGAACAUUCAAAACAAGAACAGCAAUUACUUCGUCGAGUGGAUACCAAAUUCGAUAAAAUCAGCGAUCUGCGACAUUCCUCCCCGGGGCGUGAGAAUGGCGGCGACGUCGUUAUCGAACACGACAGCCAUACAGGAGCCAUUUAAGCGCGUUUCCGAAGCUUUUGGAGCGAUGUUCAAGAGGAAAGCUCAUUUGCAUUGGUACACGGGGGAGGGAAUGGACGAGAGUGAAUUCAGCGAGGCUGAGAGUAAUCUGAACGACCUGGUAUCGGAAUAUCAACAAUAUCAGGAAGCAAAACCCGACGAGGAUUUGAUUGGGGACGGGGACGAGGCCGAAGAGGAAGAGGAAGAGGAGGAAGACUGAGAAAUUUCACAG